AUGAAGUUUAUGAAGCUUGGUUCAAAGACAGAUACCUUUCAGACUGAUGGGAAUAACAAUGUUAGGUUUGUGGCAAGUGAUUUGGCAUCGGAUAUCGUUGUUAGCAUAGAUGAUAUGAAGUUUCACUUACACAAGUAUCCUCUCAUAUCGAAGAGUUCUCACUUACAGAAGUUGAUUUCCCUCAGUAAUGAAGAAAGCAUAGAUGAAGUUCAAAUUUCCGACAUUCCUGGUGGUGCGAGUGCAUUUGAGAUAUGUGCUAAGUUUUGCUAUGGCAUGACAGUUACUCUCAAUGCUUACAAUGUGAUUGCUACUAGAUGUGCAGCUGAGUAUCUUGGAAUGCACGAAACCAUCGAGAAAGGAAACCUUCUUUACAAAAUCGAUGUUUUUCUUAGCUCUAGCAUUUUUCGUAGUUGGAAGGACUCAAUCAUCCUUCUCCAGAGUACAAAAUCUAUGUUACCCCGGGAUGAGGAGCAAAAGGUCGUCAACCGUUGCAUUGAAUCUAUAGCAAAUAAAGCGUGUGUCGAUGUAUCCAAAGUUGACUGGUCCUACACGUAUAACCGAAAAAAGCUCCUGGAGGAAAACGGAGUUGAGUCAAACCAGACUGGAGUCAGAACUCGGAACGUGCCAAAAGACUGGUGGGUUGAAGAUUUAUGCGAGCUUGAAGUUGACAUGUUCAAAUCUGUGAUAACAAAUAUCAAAACCAAGGAAAUUCAAUCUAAUGAGGUAAUUGGUGAAGCCUUGAAAGCUUAUGCUUACAGAAAGUUGCCAAAUUUCAGUAAGGGUAUGGUCCCAUGCGGGAAUGUCUCAAAGCAUCGUUUAAUUGUUGAUACUAUUGUGAAGUUGUUGCCUGCCGAGAAAGGAAGUGUUUCAUGCAGGAUCUUAGUGAAACUAUUGAAAGCUGCCAUUUUUGUUGAAUCAGAAGAUAGGAUCAAAGAAGAUCUAGUAAAGAGAAUUGGUCAGCAGCUGGAAGAGGCUUCGGCAAAUGAUGUUUUGAUCCGAGCACCAGAUGGAGAGACUACAAUGUAUGAUGUCGGUAUAGUACAGAAAAUUGUGAGGGAGUUUAUGAUGAAAGAUCAUAAUUCCGAGAUUGAAUCGGUUGGAGGUGGUGAACUUGAAGGGAUAAGAAAGCCAGGGAUUUUAUCAGAUGCUUCUAAGUUGAUGGUUGCGAAACUCAUAGAUGGAUACCUCGCUGAAAUCGCGAAAGAUCCCAAUUUACCACUGUCAGAUUUUGUUAGUCUUGCUGAGUUAGUUUCUGGCAUCGCUCGUCCGGCUCAUGACGGUCUUUACAGGGCUAUUGACACAUACUUGAAGGAGCACCCUGGGCUCAACAAAGGCGAAAAGAAGAGAAUAUGCAAGCUGAUGGAUUGCCGAAAGCUAUCGGUUGACGCAUGCUUGCAUGCAGUGCAAAACGAGAGGCUACCAAUGCGUGUCGUCGUGCAGGUACUAUAUUUCGAGCAGGUUAGAACCACCGCUUCAUCAGGCACCAGCACUCCAGACAUAACAACUAAAGGAAUCAAAGACUUGAGCAUUGGAUCCAACGGUAGCUCAAAGUCCGGAACAACUAAUCCAGAGGAUGACACAGAUGCUGUGUCGACAGCCGAGGAACUGAAAGCCUUAAGAAAGGAACUUGCGUCGUUGAGACUAAGCAACGGAGUUGGAAACGGUUACAAAGACGAGGAAGCUAAACCAAGCAUGGAUAAGGCUGUUAUUGGGAAGAUGAAAGGACUGUUGAAGUCAAAGAAGUCUUUCAUCAAGCUAUGGGCAAGCAAAGGAGGACAUGGUGAAAAUAGUGGUUCAGAUUCAUCUGAGAGUAAUGGUUCUGCUAAUCCUGAAGAAGUUAAAUCUACACCAUCAAGAAAUAGGAGGCAUUCAGUUUCUUAA